GAGCGUCUCCAAAGAGCCUGCCCAGGCUUCCCCCCGACCCAGGUGCUUCCUCCCCUGCAGAGCUGUGGCGGGGCUCAAACCCCGAUUCCGGGAGGGGACACCUGUCGGGGAAGGGCGAGGCUGGGGGACUGCGGGGCCGCGGCGAGGCGCAGCCGGGAACUACGCUUCCCAGCCUGCUCCGCUGCAGCCGCGCGCCCCGGCGCCGCGCCCGGCCGGGAGCCGCCUGUUGAUCGCCGCGCUCGCCCCGGCCACGGCGCCGCCCCUGUUCUCCCGGCCCCGCUCCACCGGGGCUGACGGACUGACGGCCAGCACAGCCGGCUCCGGGAUGAGCGCACGGACGGUAUUCUGAAGUCUCAGGAAACUGGACCAUUUAAAUGUGCAUGGCCCAUGAGAAAGGCAUAUAAGAAGCCAUGGCACUCCCCUUUCAAAAAGAGCUGGAGAAAUACAAGAACAUUGAUGAAGAUGAGCUUCUUGGCAAACUCUCAGAAGAGGAACUGAAACAGUUGGAAAAUGUUCUAGAUGACCUAGAUCCCGAGAGUGCCAUGCUACCGGCUGGAUUUCGACAGAAAGACCAGACACAGAAGGCAGCCACAGGCCCCUUUGACCGCGAGCACCUCCUCAUGUACCUGGAGAAGGAGGCUUUGGAACAGAAAGACAGAGAGGACUUUGUGCCCUUCACUGGAGAAAAGAAAGGGAGAGUCUUUAUCCCUAAAGAAAAGCCUAUAGAAACUCGUAAAGAAGAAAAAGUGACCCUUGACCCAGAACUGGAAGAAGCUUUGGCCAGUGCCUCUGACACCGAACUCUAUGAUCUUGCAGCUGUCCUUGGAGUACACAAUUUGCUCAACAAUCCAAAGUUCGAUGAAGAAACAGCCAACAAUAAAGGUGGCAAAGGACCUGUCAGAAAUGUUGUCAAAGGUGAAAAAGUAAAGCCAAUAUUUGAGGAACCACCAAAUCCGACAAAUGUGGAAAUAAGCCUGCAGCAGAUGAAAGCCAAUGAUCCUAGCUUGCAAGAAGUCAACCUCAACAACAUUAAGAACAUUCCAAUUCCAACCCUGAGGGAAUUUGCAAAGGCUCUGGAGACCAACACUCACGUGAAGAAGUUCAGCCUGGCCGCAACUCGCAGCAAUGACCCUGUGGCCAUUGCUUUUGCAGACAUGCUGAAAGUAAACAAGACCUUGACAAGUCUAAACAUAGAAUCCAAUUUUAUCACUGGAACUGGGAUCCUGGCCCUGGUAGAGGCACUGAAAGAAAAUGACACCUUGACAGAGAUCAAGAUUGACAACCAGAGGCAGCAGUUGGGAACAGCUGUAGAGAUGGAAAUUGCCCAGAUGCUGGAGGAGAAUUCAAGGAUCCUCAAGUUUGGAUACCAGUUUACCAAGCAAGGGCCACGAACAAGGGUGGCAGCUGCCAUCACAAAGAAUAAUGACCUGGUUCGUAAGAAGAGAGUUGAAGCAGACCGAAGGUAAACUUCCUCGGGGAGAAGUGAAGUUUCACUGUGGUGUGGCCAUUGAAAAACAAAAACUCUUCUUCUUCCUCAUCAGGACCAUUUUAUCAAAGUUCGUUCAUUUCCGUUAACCACGUAACUAAUAAUUUAAUUGUUAUUCUUUUUUAGCACUACUUGUUUAUCUUGGAUUUUGUAAUAUAUACAAUUGUUUUAUUUGCUCAUGGGCACUUCUGGCAACUUGACAAAUGGACCGAUACAGAUUUUAGAGAGUGACGACGUGGAAAAUGAAUUUAACCACUUUCUUAUUGGGUUGUCUUGCUUUCUUACAUGAACUUUUUUUUUAAUCACUGAAAGGAAUUUAGUGUAUAAUAUGUGUUUGUAACUGUGAAUAUGAUAGAGGCCUAUCUCUGUUUACAUGCGUAGCUUUGAGUUAGGCUAAAUACAUCAGAAGUGUUCCACUGACCACAUAAGAAGUUAGUAUUGCCAAUCUUUCACUGCAUGUGAAAAUGUGACCAAUUUAGCACAAAUUCUCUCUUAGUUCCAGAAAAAUCAGUAAAUGCACAUGCCCUGUUGAUUGGAGAUCAGUAGUGUCAUCUUCAUAAAGCAAGACAACAUUAUGACACUUUAAAACAGUAGCAAAGAAGUCUAUUUAUUAACCCACAAAUGUAGCAUCAAGCCAGACUCACAGGUAGCAAAAUGAAUUACAUACCUACUUUUACUGACUAUUCAACAUAAAUUGAAUCUUUAACGUGACUUUAAAGGCUAUUUACAAAGCUAUUUUAAAGUUUUUCAAACGUGAUAGAAAUUUUCUAAGUUUUAGUAAGAGAGAAGCUUUUAAAACAGUACAUUCCCGAAUAAAACAACAAUAUUGUAUCUUAAUCAAGGCUGUCUGAUGCACAUGAUUGCAUUUUUUGGCAAAUUUUAGAAGCAUUUAUUGCUUUGUCUUUAGUGUAACAAGAUCACAGGAUUAAAUAUAAACAUUCAGGUUAAUUAUCUAGAUUUUUGUCCACAGUACAUGAUCCAUCCAGACAUUUGCAAACGUCAAGAGAAAAAUGUGAAUUAUGUAUCCAGAUGCGUGUCAUCUCAAGGACAAAGCCUGUGAAAGUACAACUGAGAUGGUUGCAUUGUAGUAUGCAUUAAUCUUUUGAUAUAGUGGUGUAAAAAUGCAAUGCUAAACUAAGGAAGCAGGUGACUGCAGCCUUUGGCUCAAGCUCACCACUCUGAUAACUGUCAGUGCCUGAGGUUGCGAUUGGUGACAUUCUGACACUGCCCAAGGCAACUCACCCUCUAUUCCUCCUUUCUCCCCUCCCUUUCUUCCAAUUCAUUGUCUUUUGUUUUCUCUUUUCUCUGUAAUUUGUUACUAAACAAGUGAAUAGGAAAAUAAUUAAUAUAUUAUUCUAUUUGGCUUGUACAACACAUGGAAUCUGUUUAAAAUAGCCCUUGUAAAAUUGAACAUUUACCUGUAUUGUAAGUACCCACAUCUGUGUCUCUGAAGUCCUUUGAAACAUCUCAUUUUCUUGAAAUUUUUUUAAUGUUUGAGAACACAAUAAGCAGAAUAUUCUAACACCUUUGGCCCCUAAAAAUCCUUUAAUUAGUUUAUGGCUUCAUCUCCUUAUCUAUUUAAAAAACAUAGUAAAUACUGUUUUAUGGUUUUCAGUCUGAUUUUUCCUUCCCUCUCACCCAUUUAGAUGUGAUGUGUUGGAGUCAACUAGUACAGGCUUGCCAAUUGUUAUAUUUUCAAGAAUUUUUGCAAACUGGUUGUUCAAUACAGCCGUUAUUUAAAAUUAAAUGAUGUGCACUUACAAUUGAAUGAAUUAUAUUAAGGACAGAAGUAACAAAUACUAUACUCAAAAAUCUUACGUUUUGCUAUUUUCUAACCUCUUAGAUUAUUUACAUCUAGUAGGUAUGUAUGUAGAAAUAUUACCAAAUAGUACGCUACUGAACGUAUCCUCUCAACUCCAUGUUCACUACCUUCUUGUUGCUACAGUGGCUUGAAAUCGGCCAUGGGAGAAAUAUUUACACCACAGAAAUGAGCAAUAUGUAAGAAAUUGGGGCUUUCUCCCCCUCCAGAUUGCUGGUUGAUAAACAUUCAUCAGCACACCACUGGGUGAAAUUAUACAUUUUUUUUAAUACAUAUGUUUUGCUUAUCAUGUGGCCAAAGGGAAGAACAUUUCUCUUAGAUGUCUUUUCUCCUCUUUGGAUUUGUUACAAACCUGUUUAAGUGCUGAGUCCCUGACCUGCCUCUCCAAGUAAGCCUUUUUCCUUUUUUUUUUUUCUUACUCUCAUUCUUGCCUUGACUCUUCAAAUCCUGGACCCUAUAGAGCAUUCCUUGCAGCCCCACAGUGCUGUGGGCUGGGGGCUAAAGCAGUUCUUGGCAAACUCUGGCAGAAAGCAAGAAAAAAAAUCAGAAUUCAAUCAUGGCUGUUUCUUUUGUACAAGCAGUUGUUGAUAGUAUUAAAGCAAGAUAAUGGGACAUUAUCAAAAAUAGAGCACUGUUUUUACCUUAUAAAAUAGUUGGGUUGCAUGCAACAGAGUCUAUGAAAUCAAAUGUUUAUUACUAAUCAGUUUGUUUUAUUAUUACCUGUGUUUUUAAAGUGGCUUGAAAGGUGGCAUUUCCAUGAGUAUGCACAUAUUGAUGAUAACCCUUAGAAAAACAUACACUUGAGGAGCCUAUCCAUCAUUUAAUUAGCCUAGGACUUCAUCUCCCUCUCUGCCCAAAGUGUGGAAGUGGUAGCUCUUUCAUGAUGAUGGGCACAGUUAAUCCUUUGCUAUCCAUUGUGAUGGGUCAUAAUGUAUAUAAAAUAUUUUUCUAUGUAUUUGUUUUGCCAGAUACUGUGUUGAGAUAUUUGGCAAUACCUGGAUAACUGAUUGAAGGGAGAUAACUUCUCCCCAGGCCUAUCUCCCUCCCCCUUUUAGAGUUGUGCAGGUCCACUUUAAGUGUAAAAUCACUCACCUGGACUUGUGGGCUUGUAUCACCAACAUCUAUUAUGGCAUAUGUAGAUGACAUUUAGGAGAAAAACCUUAGAAGUCUAGAAAUCAUAUGAUUAGUUCAGCACUGCAUCUCCCCAUCUGCUUAUAGUAUAUAACUGGAAGCUCUUUCAUCCUCAUCAGCAUGAUUAAAUGACUUAGUUUCUUUCAUCUUUGGAGGGUAUAAUGUAAAUAAGUGUCGUGUGUGUAUGUGUGUGCGUACUGUCAGAUAUCUAAUUAGGUAUUUGGCUACAUCUGGACAACUGAUUGAAGGGAGAUGCUCUCUCCCCAGUCCUCUUCCCUUAUCCUUUUUAGAAUUGCUGCAGGCCCAGGUUAAAUAUGAAAUUACUCCCUAGAGUUUGCAGUUUAUGUUACCAACCACCACAUUUUAUAGCUAUGUAGAGGAUGACUCUUGGGAAAUAAAUAUUAGAAGCAUAGAAAUCAUUUAGUUGUUCUAGUACCAAAUCCAUCCAUUUGCCUAAUGUAUUUAACAUUCCAUCAUCAACAUGAUGAAGCCCCUUUCUUCCAUCUUUGUAGAGCACAUUGUAUAUAAAUAUUUUGUACAUAAAGAUCAUCAAAUACCAUAAUGAGGUAUUUGGCUUCAUCUGGAAAAUUGACUGGAGGGAGAUGCUGUCUCCCAGCCCUGCUUCCCUCGUCCCUGUCCAAGUUGCUGCAGGCCCAGGUUAGAAGAUUACCAACCUGGAGGGGCAUGCAGUUCAUCUUACAAUAAAAGCCCAUUCAUUUAAAAACUCAGAAAUCAUCCCAGUGCCUGUACUCCUCAAACUAAUUUCCCUAAGGGAAGACUGGCACACCAGCCCAAAGAACAGGUGCUUCUCUUCCAACAGAAACAUGGCCCCUGACAGGGCACCAGCAUUAGGGAAACCAAUGUCCUCUGAAUAGCUGCCAUGAGAACAUUUCAGACGCUCAAACUGAAAACUCUUAAAACCAAUAUUAAGCAUCAGCAUGCUUUAAGUGUAAGAUAGCCCUUUGGAAUUUACAAACACAUGUGCAGCUAUUUCCUUGUUCACAGAUAUGAUGUACUCAGCCCCCUCCUAGGCACUAUCAAGAAGACAGAGGAAGCAUAAAAAUUCUGGACUAACAUAAUUUUAUAUGUGUUUCUGAGAUUGGGGAGUAGACUGAGUGCCUUUUUUACAAAGAAGAUCCCAUAUUUAAUUCAAGUAUUUAUAGCAUCAGCAAAAAUGGGCAGAGGGCGGGAAGUUGAGAACACUAGGUUCUGUGCUGUGUUACCUGUAUUCAGUAGAACUGUUUCUGGAGUCAGGUUUUAAGUCAUGAUCCUGAAGCUUCCUUCCUCUCUUCCACUAAUGAUGGAAUAAUAGCUGUUUUCAUUUUAAUGAGCAGAGAACUAAGAGGAAAGGUCCUAGCUCUGCCUUCCACUCGCAGCUUCCCUUUACCUCCUCUUAUUGCUUUCAUCUCAAAUAUCCCUGCUACUCAACCAAUCCUAAAGCUAAAGUACUGAGACGCACACAAAGGAAAGGUAUGAGUGCUUGGAAGCAUCCAGCUGAGCCCACUGGAUGAAAAUCAGACGAUAGGCCCUCCUGUUGUAAUAUACUGGCCAGAGAAAAGCGCCAAGAACUUCAGGGAUAUUAUUCACUGCUUUCUUGCUCCCUAGACCUAGAUCAGAUUGGAUUUUACUUUGUGGUUCAGGAGUUAAGAAGUCAAAUUGCUGACCGAGGUGGGGAAGGAUGAUGGAAAUUGAAGGUUUACAUUUGUUUAAUGGCAGAACUGAGAUUUGCUCAGCUUAUCCCUUUCCCAUCUGUCUGUAAUAGCAAUGACUGAAUAAUCAGUAGACCAAUGGAAGAGGAGUUGCAAGUUUAAAUUUGUAACCUGACUCUGGGUUCUGUUCUAGGAAUAGUACAUGUUUUAGAGGCUUUGCCAGUUGGGAUACACUGUUGACUUGGAGGAGGAUGAAGGAGAGAACUGAUGACCUAGACAUAGAAAAGAAUAAUUAACUAACUAGAUGUUCUUCUGAUCUCUUCCAUGGUAGACAUUCUGAGCACAUUGGCCCAGUUAGUUGGUAUGGUGAAGGGGCACCGUACUAACAGAUUUGGAGACUGAAACCUAAUCCCAUCACCAACACUUAGCAGGUAUAUGAUCAUGGGCAAUUCAUUCAAUUGCCUGCCAAUUAUAGACUAUAUAGGGGGAAGAGCACUGGAUUUGGAGUCAAGAAACCUGGACACUUGGCUCCACACUUCCUUAGCUGGGUAACUUUGGGAAAACCACUUGGUCUCUCAAGCCUAAGGUUCUUCAGCUAUAAAAUGGGAAUAAUACUUCACUAACUACCUCACAGAGUUGUGGUAAGAAUUUAAUCAGAUAACUGGAUAAAAACACUAUAUAAACUGGAAAGUGCUGUACAAAUGUGAGAGAUCAGUUUUAUUAUCAAAUCACUGUUUUCCACUGCCUCUUGAAUCGGUUUUAUUCUAACCAACCAUUACAUCUUCCUCAUCUUUUGGAGUAUGGGUAAUUGAGGCUUGGGUGUGUCAUCAGGGACUGGAGUCAUUUCAGCUCCCACGUAGAGGUGGGAGAGGUGGUUGAUGGGGCGGUGGAAGUUAGAUACCAGCGAUGUAUAUGGUAGGACGUUUUCCUGGUACUUUGAGAGUACCUUGGGAAAUUGUCAGAAUCCUUGCAGAGGGCCUAGGCUGGGCACAAGGGAGAAAGCGAACAGUUGACUAAGAAUUGAGGGGAGGGUCUGGAGCGCUACUGCCCUCCUGUCCUUGCUGAGGGUGGGAGAGGCUAAGACUUCGGGUUUGACUAGAGGCCUAGGAGAGAAAAGUGUCCUUAGGGUUUCAAGAAUUUUAAUGCCUAGCAGCUGAGUAACAGGCAUUAGUUCUGAUAGAUAGUGAAGGGCAGAAAGUGCCACCUGUUGUGAGAUCACCUCUCCAGGGCAGCAACUGCCUUGUUAUCACCAGCAACCUUAGCCCUGGUCAGUAAUAUUUCUGCUAAGAAAGGUUUCGAAGCAUGGCCUCCAACGACUUUCAUAAGCCCUUGGAGGCAGGACUGUGUGUCAUCCAUGUUUGUAUCUUCAGUACCAUCUUGUAAGGUGCCUUGUACAUAGUAGGUGCUUAAUGAACAAGUGUUGCUUGAAUUUAGCUGUCGUCCAGCCCCACAGAGUUAUGCUCCAUUUGCCACCGUGUGAUAUUUUUGAGAAACAAUAGUGAUUUGGAUGCCAGCUUUAUGAGACUUUGGGCAAGACUCUCCAUCUAUCUUGUCUUCAUUUCAUCUGUAAAAUGAAGUGAGUAGAUUCAAUGCUCCCUAAGGUCCCUUCCAGCUCCAAUACUUGACAAGCCUGUGAUUCUAAAUCGUUUCCAUUGCCUCUGAACAUGGGUGAGUAAUGCCUCCACUGCAGCUCUGUUUCUCUCCAGGAGGCUUUGUUCAGAGGAGGUCUGACUAUUGCACAGCCAGUUUUUUCUUCCUCUUCAGCAAUUCUUUACUGUCUUCAGAAUAGUUCUGGAAGAGCGGCCUUUUCUGAAAGGAUAUUUAAAAAUAUAUACUAUUUAGGCUGGGCCCAGUGGCUCAUGCCUGUAAUCCCAGCACUUUGGGAGGCCAAGGUGGGUGGAUCACCUGAGGUCAGGAGUUCAAGACCAGCCUGGCCAACAUGGUGAAACCCCGUCUCUACUAAAAAUACAAAAAUUAGCUGGGCCCGGUGGCAAGAGCCUGUAAUCCCAGCUACUGGGGAGGCUGAGGCAGGAAAAUCGCUUGAACCCGGGAGGUGGAGGUUGUAGUGACCCGAGAUCACACCACUGCACUCCAGCCUGGGUGACAAGAACGAAACUCCAUCUCAAAAAAUAAAAUAAAAUAAAAUAUAUACUAUCUUGCUCCUCAGAACCAGUGGGGAAGGAGAAGAGGGAAGGCAAAGAAAGAAACUGAGCAUAGUAAACACAGCAUUUUUUUGUAGGCUCUUAUUUAAAAUGUGUGUGUGUGUGUGUGUGUGUGUGUGUUUCUAAGUAUUGACUGGGAAAAAGAGAGAAGCCAAUCAAAAGUAUACUGUGCAACUGAGAGAGGCUGGCCCAGGAUUUAAAACUUCCUGUGGAUAAUCUAACUGUGAGUAGAUAGGAAUCGGCCAUAUGGUGAAAUGAGAUCAAUAGGAAAUGUGCUUUUUGAGGAAAUUUUAUUUUAGUACCAAAUGUUGCCAGUGACAAUCUUCAGUUAAGAAGUAAGUUAUUCUGACCUAAAAUUCUUAUCUCUGCCACUUUGGUUUAAAAACAAAAACCCUUAUAUACAUGGAAUAAUUAUAUUUUAAUUAAGCGUUUAUCUUAGUUGUUUUCAUCUAUUCAAUCAAAAUGAAUAAGCAGCAUUUUUCAUUGCACUUAAAAAUGUAAAAUACCUGCAUGCCACUAAUCUGUAACAUUUUACCAGUUCAGAUGCCUGUAAUGUGUGACUUUAUGUGUAUCUGUGUUGUUUUGAAGAGAAUAAAGGAAAUAAUACUUUGCAAACUGUUUAAACAAGUGUUUAAACUUCUAUUGGCAACAUUUAUUGGGCUAAGCAGUUAUUGAAAACUCCGCAUAGUUUUAUUUUCCAUUUGAAACUUUAAUCAAAUCAAGACUAUUAUAUUCAUUAGGGAAUUAAAGACUAAUUUGCUUUUUAAAUGUGAAGUUGAACACUGUGGAAAGUAAAUGAGUGAUAAAGCAAAAUGUAUAAAGUAUGAAAUAUUAUACUUUUACCCUGGAUAAUUAUUCAGGACCCCAGUUGGCCCAAAUAGGUGCAAUUUUUAAUCCUUUGAAAUUAGCCAGCCAGACCUAAUGCUAAGGUAAAUGUAAACUGUUUUAAUUAAUUAAGAUCUUUCUGCUUUCAAAGACAUAAUGUAUUUAUUUCUGUCAGGAAUGAUAUUUCCAAAUGAAAAUGUAAAGAACAUUGGGAAUUAAUAAACUUUCCUUUCAAAGUAAAA